AUGCGAUACGCUGGAUUUAUGGCGAUAAAACAGUUAGAACAAAUGAAUAGUUCCAUUACAUUACACCAUGAAAUGGUGACGAAACUUUAUAACGUUGUCAUUCAUAAUUACUCUCAACAAUUUGGUCUUUCGGAUAACGAAACUUUGGCGCGAAUGUCCUUACAAGGGCUGGAAGAAUGUUACGAAAAUUGGAAUAAGGUAGCACUAAACGUGGCUACCUUCGACGUCACCAAAUCGUGGAUAUUCGCGCCUGAAUCCUGUAUGUCCACCAAUGGUGGAAGUCUUGAAGAUUGUCACACGAACGUCUUUGCUUUGACGGAAUUGAAUGGUCUCAAGUGGAAAUGCUUAACAACACCUUUGUCUCAAAGAACUUGGACAAGUUUGGAGCAGGAUCCCGUAUUAAGUGCUUAUGCAAGAUGUUUACAAGCAGGAAUUCUGUGUGCUUGGAGGAGACAACCACCUCAACCACCGGCAACUCUUGCAGCUAUGCAACUACCGGAUUACAGAAUAGAUGUUGUCAAAGAAUUGUGGGUUUUUUGGUAUUCUCACGAGGAACCGGAUUGUCUCACUGAAUACACCAGCCAUUUAGCAUGUGCUGAAGAUGGCAAAGGUAACUGGUCGAUACCCGGCAUACAGUAUGAAACGAGAACACUAUUUUUUAAGGCACUACAUAAUUUGAUAGAACGCAAUAUGCUAAAAAAUGGAUACAUUCGUAUUGGAAAAUAUUUUACACGUCCAUACGAAGUGCCUUCAUCCGAUCGUAUACACUGUUCUCCUAGCUAUGUAAAUGGAAUCAGUUUCAAUUUUUUUGUUCAUGGUGAAAAUAUUGUUUGUGCGACUGUUUCUGUACAACGACAGCCAACUUUAUUUCGCCUUUCACGGCGUCAUUUGGAUUUGAGUAAGAAGCAACCGGUGAUAUUAGGACCAUGGUCAAUGCGUGCCGUAUUGUUACCUGAGCAACCGAGAAUUGUUGAUUCCACUAUACCAGUAUUACAGCAACAAUCUUCCACACCACAAUACGGUAGUGUCACCAAUUUUUCAGCACCCUAUUCAAGCAGCUAUCGUGAACCGUUAUCUUCUGUUGCACAUCAAGUAAAUCCAGUGCCAUCUUCAUCGUUCAAUUCCGAGACCUGUAAUAGUAAUUAUGAUGGUGCAGGAACUAUUUCAAAAGCUGCCGUAGACAAGUUGUGGUCUGAAUGGUUGCAAUUCUUCUGUUUAAUUGUUAAUGUUGAAAGGAAUCUAAGUUCGGCAGAUACUGUUGGUUAUAUUGGUUACACCGAAAAUUGCUGCAUGUCUUCUGGUAGUGAGAGUGCAUGUCGAAUGCAGUUGAACUUAGGUUUCAUUCAAAGGAAUAUCCAUAUAAAGCAUGUUGAAGCCGUGCAUAGCUUAACUGAAAAUUUGAAUAGUUUUUUCUUGCAGACAUCAUCAGCUAAAAGUAGCCUGCCAAAGAUGGUUUUAGUGGACGUGGAUGGAGUUCAUAUGUGGUAUCCAAGUUCAUUAAUUGUUGUUCAAGCUUCCGAUGACUUGUUGAUGAGACAGAAUGAAAAGACUACCAAUGAUGAUGACUCAGACUUUUUCAAUAGCGGAAGUAAUAGUAGCAGUUUUACUGCGCGAACACCACCAGCUACUGGAGCACAUACUAGGUUACGAAGCACUCCAUCAUUCCGGAAACGGAAAAAAAGGCUAAGCGAAUGUGACGUAGGACCAAAUGCUGAACGACAUAAUGCAAUGUAUGGAUCGAUGGUGAAUGGCGCACGGGCAGCACAAAGGUUUUUUGAAGAAUCCUGCAUUGCUCCGGCAAACAGUCGACGGAAAGAAAACACGGAAUCACCCUCCUCUUCUGGUUUAGGUCUUUUGAUGUCAGCUGCUGCAAAUGAUGACGACUGCCGGUGGAAUUUCACGGAUGGAAUGCGACGAAAGGAUCGUGAAGAAGGAUGUGGUUGCCAUCAAUGUCGUUUGCAGUCUGAUGCUUGUAUUGGCCAGGAGCGUAAUCAAUCCUGUCGUACGCCAAUUAAUUUCCCGAGUAACGGCUCUAGCUUGGAAGUGAAAAAGGAGAGACCAGCCGUAUUUCAUCGACGUUCUUCAUCCUGUGCACGAUCUCUGUCACCACCACGAUCACCGCCUUGGGAAAAGAAAAUUCUAGCAACCAGUUCGGAAGCUGUAGAUGGUGAACAUAAUCUUGACUGGAUACGUGAAAGCUAUUUUCGUAACUCCAGAAGUAGUUCAAGGUCUGGACACAUGGAUCCACUACAUGAAGAUAGGCAUAUAUGUCCGAAAACGCCAGAUGCUUCAGCGAUUACGGAAUCUCCGGAACGUCGACGGGUGCAGAGAAAUUCCGUGCAAAUGUUUAGUAAAAUUGGAAGCUGUAAACCAGUCUAUCAAAAUUUAAGUCCUACCAGUCGGCCACGUUCCCCAGCUUGCGAUACAUCCCAAGCAGAAUCAUUGAAUCGCAUACAGUCGAAGGAUUGUUUAAGUAAUGAUUUUGCUUCACUACCAGCGAGAAAAAAUGGAUCUCCGAUUGUAGAACAACAACCUAAUUUAAUUAGCAGUUCACGAUUAAAAAUGGGCAAAAAGUCUAAAGGGCGAAAACGAAAAGCAGAUGAGAAGAUAGAGUGGAGUGGUAUCGAAUCAUUGGAUGUAUCGUUUCUGACAUCAAAAGUUGGUGUAGAUUUUUUCAAGUUGAUAGGUUUCAUUUUGCAGGAAGGUGAUGAGGAUGGUGAUGACACUAAUUUCAUAUGCUCUGGUGAAUUUAAACUUCGUGAAUGCAAGUUGGAAAUCAGAGACGAAACAAUCGAAUCCUCGAGUAGCCGGUCGAUAGUACCGCAAACCGGAUCUUCUCUUACUAGUGUUUCAACUUCUCAGGCACAAGACGGUGUGCGCAAUUUGCCGGUGUUCUCGCAGAGCGGGUCUGUUUUGCCAUCGAGUACGGGUGUUAACUUGACCCCCAGUAUUUUCACUUCUGACUGUGAUACUCAGCCUUUGUUUCUCGAUGAUUGUAAUCCAUCCAAUAUUGCAGUGAUCGAAAGAAGAAGUCCGGUUGAUACUGUUGUAACUGAUUCGGUGCAUUUAUCUCCUCCAGCAAGCAAUGAAAGGGUCGAACCCACGCAGAUUUUGGGAGGAACUGUUGCAAAUGUGAUGGCGCGCAUUGGCGGACCUCCGUCAGUUGGCGAUUACAUGAUAUAUCCAACCCCUCCAUCAGUUGAUGCAACUCAAUCUCAACAGUUUAGUCCUCAAAAUACGCUCAUACAGACAAAUCCAACUAGUAUUCUCUACCCGCCAACGGUUUCGUAUAUGGCAGCAGCAGCGGCUGCAGUAAAUCAUUGUCAUAAUAUUCCUCCUGUACAAUUACCUCCUAAUAUUAUUUCGGAAACUGAUAUUACUACCGAAACUGUCUCAACUGUGAAACAGGAAUUUGGUAAUGACGAUGAAAGACUUCUGGGUAAGCUUCAUUAUUCGAUUGGUGAAAAGCCGGUAUACGGUAAAUUUAUGAAGUUGGAGAUGGCACUAAGUGGAAAGUUUGCUGGGAAUAUACUUGCCAAAGAAUUUUUGUCGUUAGAGGGAAAAGAAUGUCGACUGCUAGAAGGUGUCUAUGCAGAUCAGUUAAAGCUCAUCAAAACUGCUGUCGCGGCACGCGAGAAGCGGAGAAAGGUUGGUCGUGCUCCAGAUUAUUUAUUUAUGCGUGAACGUUUUCGGAAUCUUGCUCCGCACUCAUCCUUCUCAACUGUUCGUCAUUAUCGAAUGCCAUAUAACAAUGGUCAUAUGCUUUCCUCGCACUGUCUACCAACAUUGCAAAUGUUACCACAUGGUGUAUCAAUGCCUAAUUUUAUUACAAAUGGGCCACCAUUUGCGGGGGCAUCGUAUAAUGGCAAUAAUUCAAUGAUUAGCAUGAUGGUGAGUAAUGGCUGUAUGCCAGCUGGUGGUACUACUAUUGUGCAACCGAUGUCUGGUUCGUCACGAAUGGGUGUCGUUCAUAUGAAUCAACAAAUGUCGAUGGCACAUCUUCGGCCGUUAACAAGGAUACCAUCUAUACCGCCAUACGCUUCAUCACAGACCGAUGCACCGCAACAUCACUCUUUUAUGGGCCAAUCAGCUCAAUUCUGUGGUCCACACGGAGUGAUGAAUGCUUCAAAUCCGAUCUGCUCAUUUCCGGGUGGUUCACUGUGCUCGAUGAAUACUGGACCAGUGCAGUCAUCGCACAUGCUUGGUGGAAUGCAUGGCACAACUCCACCGCAACCAUUAGGCGCAAACAGUAUGUAUGGGGCAGGACCACCAAACGGACAGUUCUCCAUGCAACAACCACAACAACCAUUCCAACAGCUCAGUCAUUUUGUUAACAAUGCGAAUUUCAAUGGACAGAUGGGAAUGACAGCUGUGAAUCCAUCGCAGCAGAAAAUCUACCAACAGCAGAUGAUGUUCCGUUGUAAUAUGAAUGGAAACUUGCCAGUACAACAUGCCAUUCAUUCAUCAGAUUCCUAUGGAAUUGAUUCGCAGGGUCAAGCAUCAGUCGAACCACCGCCACCAUUUUCUCAAGCAAUAAAUCCUCCAUACCCUACAGUUAACGUUCAAGCUGGUUCAAUGAUGUAUUCGCAGUCACACCACAUAAUGCGUCCGAAUACAUUAAUGGCGCAAGCGCAGAACCCAAACAUGAUGUGUGGUCAGAGGACAUCGCAGAAUUCUAUGAUAGCAGUGCAACAAUCUAUCGGAAGUCCUAAUAAUGGCGGAUUAUUCGGAAACCGUCUAAUGAAUAUGACGCCUGUCAUGGAAACAACUGCUGUUCCACCGAGUAACAUACGGACACAUCCGGAAGGGAAAUCCUUGGUACUUGCUGUACUGCUUCAGGAUACUGUUCUGGAUCUUCAUUAUGAUUCAGUCUUUGAUGCGUGUCCAAUUUGUUCAUGCAACGGCAGCAUCAGAGCGAAGGAACUUGGAGUCUAUAUAACACCACCAGAAGUGCUGAGACAACCACCAGCGCAGCAGCAGCUAAUUGUUAGCAAACCAACCAGUGGAUUUUAUAAUAAUACAUCAAAUUCGUGCAACUGUGGAUUUAGUGCUGUGCGUCAUCGUUACUUAAGUAUGAAAGCUGGUUUAUUCGCUGAAGAUGCAAAAGAAGCAACAGAUAUUAAUGAAACACAGAAUCAGCCAGCAAUUCCACAUACCAUUUGGUUCGACUCAAUGAGUGGACGGGAUAUGAAUUUCAUCGCUUUACUGCGUGAACAAACACUUGUACGUGAUCUCGGUGGAUUGUUAGACCAGGUUACGUUACUCAGCUUACAAUGUGAGCGAGCCUCGCAGACGGAACGCAUUGGAUCCGAUUCAUCAAAGCAUUGUGAGUAUAUCAUUUCGGAGGUGGAUCAACGGGAAUUACCAUUGGUAUUUCAAGCUGCUUGCGAGGUUGCUUGUAUGGAAAUGAACUGCCGACGUCCACCACACGAUGUGCGGAGUGUGCUUCUUCAUGACUGGGGAGUUCAGGUAUCGAACGAAAUGCGUGAACCACGUGAGUCUGAAUGCAUGGCGUUGUUGCAAGAAAUCGGACCAAUUCUAGAAGAAUCUUUACGAAUUGCUCGUUCAUCACCACUGUUCGGAAGUAACAACAUAGUGGAAGGACCGCUGACAUGGCGAUUUUUCGAUCGUAAAGCACUAAAAGCUGCUGGAGGAAUGGAAGAUGAUAGCGGGCCGGAAGCCGUGCCAAAUAUAGUUGUUGCAACAGAAAAAGAUGCAAUUAUAACAUCGCCACAGAUCAUAAGAUUGUGGGAAAAGAUGUCACUGGAACCGUAUGAUCAGCCGAAAGAUGUGCUUUAUAUCGGUGUUGUUCCAGAUAAUCUGAUUUGCAUCGAGAAGACAAAAAAAUAUCUCAUGGAUUUGUCUAAAAUGUACGAGCAGUGUCGUUUUGGUCGUCAUAUACCAUUUUCACGGGAAGCGUUACGAGAUGGUCUUUUACGUGUCCCGACACGGUAUCCAGCAACGAAUCUGGGUGAAUGUGAUAAUUUCUUGAAUCAAGUUGAGCGACACAUUGGCGAUAACAAAUCGUUGAUUACGCGAUUAAAGGUAUAUAUGCAAUAUUUCGAAAAUGAAAUGGCUCGCAUAUUGAUUAACAAUGAUGAUAUCUUCGGCCGGGACAAAUACCGUGCUGCUUUGGCUGAAAGUCAGAUGCAUUCUGUGCCACAUAUUUCAAUGACAAGUUAUCAAUGUGGAGGUUAUACAUCAAGUUCCGAUCACAUGCCACCACCUUCGGCACCUGGAAGUAUUAUGAUUUCCGGUCAGUCUACUGAAACCUCACAAGGCCCAAGUAGUGCGAGCGCUCCUAGUUCAACUGCUGCGACAUCUUCAGGCAUCGGCGAAUCUUUAAUAUCAGACGGUUCUAUUGGUGAUGGAACCGCUCAAAAUAUGACCAAUUUUUCAUCUUUCAUGGCUGAACAGCUAAUAGCUGAUGGUAUCAUAGCGGAGGAUGAACCGGGAACUCUACCUCAUGUUAUUGUCAUCUACCUCGUGAAUCCGUUUUUAUUGGGUGCUGAAGAAAAUCCCCUUGUUGCAAGAGUUGUUACGGUUGCUCUAAUGCGUGCAUUUAAUGCACUCCUUUACCGUUUAAACAAUAAGCGUCGACCACAGUUACAAUUGGAAAUGAUUGCAUUACAAAGUAUUUUCGAUUAUUGCGGUGUUUCUGCUGAUUUCCUAAAAGAUGAACGUGGACGUUUGAAUGGUUAUGAUCAGGGAUGUUUGGAGAAAUCACAAAAUGAACGAUUAUCAUCAUCCGAUUCACUCAAAACUGUUGCAUUUUCGGUUUACACACAUUCGCGUGUGGUAUUACCGGAUAUUGUACGUGGGAUUUUGCCAAAAAGUAUGACCCGUUUUGGUCCUGCAUCGGCUAUGGUUGAUUUGUUAAACGAACUGGAACGAAAAGAACCUAUUUAUUAUAAGGUUCCAAGCAAACCAUUCAUUCUCGCGCCACCAUCGCCGGUAAUGCAGCGUUCUAAUUGUGAUCUCAUGCAAAUCAAUACUGAUGAAGCUGUACUGUUUGUUAGUUAUUGUUUAAUAGGGAAUGAUUGGCUUGCUGCAACCGUAACAGACCAUCAGGGCCAUUCACUCGACAACUGCUUAAUUAAUUUGAGAUUAAAACCUGAUCAUAAAAGAGUGAAUAUGAGGUACAAACAAUCGACACAGAUUCGGGAUAGUUUGUAUCGUCUGUGGUCAUAUAUUCUGGGUACGCUGGCUAAUGGCACCAGGAACUGGCGGCUUGUUAUCGGUAGAGUUGGGCGAAUUGGUCAUGGAGAAUUUAAAUUUUGGACUCAAAUUCUGAGCAAAUCUUAUUUGAAACAGGUUGGAACACGCAUGAAACAUGUAUGCCGUGCAUGCCAUGUGAUGCCUGGGACUUCGGAAGUUCCCGGAGUUUUGUCCGCUUGUUUGGUCAGUUUGGAGCCCGAAGCUCAUCUUCGUGUUUUCCCAUCAUCCUUUCAGCACGAUGAUCGUUUCCUGAAAAAUUCCCGACAUCGUACAUUGACAACGCCAGAUGAUACAAGCUGUACACAUAUUUUAGUUUUUCCUACCAGUCCUGAGUUGAAUUUAGAUCAUCAAGGUGGAAAUGGCGUUGCCGAGUUGGAGGAAGAUGAUUUUUCAAAUUUGUUGACGGAAGAAAUUGGUGAGGAAUUCAGUGAGUUGAUUGGGAAUGGUGAGGACUUGAUGACAAAUGGCACUGGACCACUACCGCAAUCGACAAGCUUUCGACUGGGUGGAAAUACAGGAAUUCCAAGUGAAUAUGCUGACAUUUCGAUAGAAAAUCAACCACUUGCAACCGGUUACUAUAUUUCAACAGCACCAGCAUCUGAUUUACCGGAAUGGUUCUGGUCAGCUUGUCCUUCUGCAAAACGACGAAAUCCAGUACACCUAAAAAGUUCACUUCAUUUAAAUACACCGAAUGUUCAACAAGGCGAUGAUAUCUCAUCAUUUGGUAAGAGUACCGAAGCUUGUCAUCAUCAGUUGGAUAGCCAGGCAACAGCCGAUGUCCUCAGGUAUGUUUUGGAAAUGUACAAUGCCUUAUCUUGGCUCAAUAUGGAUCUGGUAAGUGGCGAGCGGCGUUCCUGUCUACCCGUUCAUAUUCAAGCUCUUAUGUGGCUUUGCAAUGCUGUUAAUCGCUUCAUCAACUGA